GCACGUGCCAGGCCCAUCGCAGGGCCAGGAAGGGUUAACUGGCCUCGGUGAGCUCAGCUUGGGGCCAGUAAAUAGAGCAGCUCUUGGCCCCGGGGAGUGUUUGGGACCGGCUGGGCGGUGUGGCUGAGCCGGCUGGGGCAGUCGUGGUCUGGAAAGCACCAGCAUGGCUGAGCUGUGCUGCAGGGCAUGGCACAGGUGAGCUGGAGAUGGGGCCUGACCCACAGCACCAGAGCAGCCCAGCAUGGGUCUUGGCCAGCUCAGCUCUUCCAGGGGACAUGGGCAUGGGGAGUGCCCAGGACUGGGGAUUUCCAUGGGGCUGAGAGUGGCCCCCAAUGUCUGCUGCUGAGCAUCCCUGUUCUAUCUCCUCCAUCUGCUGCAGAGCAUCCUUUUCCCCAUCUCCUGCCCUCAGAUCCCAGCAGGUUUUGACCGCUCUCCUCCUCCCUUCUGGCUGUCCCAGCCUUCUCCAGCCACACUACUUGUUCCCUUGGCUGUGACCAGGGUGUGCUGGCCCUGUGGUUGGCACGCCACCACAUCCCAUGCAGGGAGCCACGGCCUGGAGCACCAUCCAGGCCUCUGUCUGCACCUCAGCAGUGCCACCAGCACCAGCAUGGGCUUGGUGGGUGCCACUGGACCCGUAUGGCCAUGGCAGCCCCAUGCUCACUCACUGAGGGGGCAGGACCAGAGGAGGGAUCUGCAAGAGCUUAAGCCCAUGGUCAAACCACACCUUUAAGCUCUUCCAACUACCCUCAGUUCUGCCUCAAGACCAAAAUCCUUUCAGGACCUGCAUGGGACCAAGCUGGAACUUUCAGGCAGAUGCAGUGCUCGGCCAUGGUCCAGCUGCUCAUGCACUGUCCCAGGAAGCCCCUUCCCACUGGCCACACUCAUCCCGCCCAUGCCCACACCACGGUACCAGCCACUGGGCACUGUGGGGUCCAUGGCCCCCCAGUCCUUGCUCUGCUGCUCCAGGUGCUCCGAGGCAGGAUGGUGCCCCCAAACCCUGCUGUCUGCAGUGCCCCUGGUCCAGGCCCGGCUGGAUGGGAGCCCAUAGCAUGGUGAUGCUUAAUUAGCAGGCAGGGAGUGGAGCAGGGCGGCAUCGCUCACGCACAGCUUGGAGCCACUCAGUCAUCCCAAAGGCAUCCGCCCCACAGGGAGGAGCGCCCCAGCCCAGCAUGUAAAAGCAGCCCCGCACGGCCGGCUGCCCCGUCGCCUCCGAGCCUCCUCCGCUCCCACUCCUCCUCACCGCCCGGCACGGCUGCAGCGUCAUGGCAGGGCACGGCGCCAGCCUGCUCCUGCUCCUGGGUCUCAUGCCAGCUCUCCUCCUGGCCGUCAGGAUCAAUGGCAAAGGCCGGGAGGUGCUGCACCUUGCCAAGGGAGACUCAGUGAAGCUGGGCUGCCCCUACGUCCUCGAACCCGAAGACAACGGUCCCCAGGGCGUGGGCAUUGAAUGGAUCCAGAUCACGCCUGAGCGGCCUGGCCCGGAGAAAGUGUUCCUGUCCUACCAGGACCACCAUGUCAACUACGGCAGCGGCUCGGGGCUGCAGGACCGGGUGGCCUUCGUGCAGAAUGACCCCAGCCAGUACGAUGCCUCCAUCCGCCUGGCCGACCUGCAGGUCUCCGACACCGGCACCUACCAGUGUCGGGUGAAGAAAAACACCGUGGCGGUGCAUGAGGUCAUUGUCACUGUGGAAGAGAAGCCAGCUUCCCCUCAGUGCUGGGCCGAGGGGGAGGUGAUCGAGGGGAACAGUGUGGUGUUGCGGUGCUACAGUCAGGGGGGAGCCUCCCCCCUUGCCUACCAGUGGGCCAAGCUGGCCAGUGGCUAUGGCGGAGGACGCCUGCCCUUUGGUACCAUCCAAGGACGGGCUCCUGGCGACCUGAUCAUCCGUAGCCUGACGGAGGUGCACGCAGGCGUCUACCAGUGCCGCGUCACCAACCGUGUGGGCUACUCCACCUGCCAGAUCAACCUCACACUUGUGCCAAAGUGUACUACCGUGGCAGGAGAAAAGAAGGUGGGCAUCAUCGUGGGCUCCAUCCUGGGCUCCCUGCUGCUCCUCAGUCUGCUCGGGCUCCUCAUCUGGGCGCUGAUCUGCCGCUACCGACAGAAGGAGUGCCAGCGGGCCUGCAGCGACUGCCGGAGCAGCACCGGCGGCACCAUGACCCGCGCCUGCAACGUCUGCGCCCACCACACCUACUCGCCCCACGGCAUCAGCUACAUGCAGUGCCAGCACGGCGACGGCGACGAGCGGGCAGCCGCCCUCAUCUGCAACGAGGGCAUGCGGCACCAGGUUGCCUGCCCGGCGCUGUAACCCCCCACCUGGCCCCACGCCUGCCCCGAUUCGGCUCCACGGAGGGAGCAACCGCGAGCCCUGAGCCGGCAGCACUGCCGGGAUCCGGCGCCAAGCCAGUGCUGCCAGGGCUCACCGCGAAAAUUGAAGUCAGGAAUCCAGCUCCCUCCUACCCACAAACAGCCCCGGCCUCUAGCAAACCUCCUGCAGGUUCAUCAGUCUGUUUUGUUGGUUUUCUUUUUUCUUUUUUUGGCCCCUUUUUUGUAUUUCCCCCCCAAGCCACAGACCGGCUCCGGGGGCGGCUCCUGGCCCCGCUCCUGGAGGCAUCCCUCGCAAGUUCAGCAGUAUUUAUUUCUCUCUGUCCCAUCCCCUCAGUGUUGAGCAGGGACGUGGCAGCCCCGAAUCGCCCAAAUCAGCUGCCCAGCAGCCCCCUUGCCUCCGGCCGGCGCCGCCGGCGCCCCCGCAUUGGCUUCAGCAAUUGGGUGUUAUUCGAGAUGAGGCGCCAUUGGCACCAGGAUUUGCAGUUUGGAACAAGAAAAAGAAUGAAAAGAAAUAAA